AUGGCGCAAGCUCAAGCCCUCUACGCCGCGCCGAUCCAGUAUGACCCGGCGGUGGAGAAUCGGACAAACUACGUGGAGCGACUGGAGGCAUACUUCGACGCCAGCAGGUCACUAAAGCAAAAUGAGGGGGAAAGCGUCGCGGACUACCUGGCCGAAUUACGGAGAAUCGCAGACCACUGCGGUUUUGGGGACGCUCUAGACAACAACCUAAGGGACCGAUUUGUCAUCGGACGGUGCGAGAAGACGGUGCAGAGGAUCCUCCUGGCAAAACCAAAGAAACUUACGCUCAAAGAGGCGCUGGACACAGCGUUGGCUGCGGAGUUAGCAAUGCGGAACGCCGACCGGCUUCCUGGCUCAAGUUCGCUACGCACUACUGCAGGGGACGUGAAUGCCUUGCGGUUUAAGAAGCACAAGGGACGUCAGCAGGAAACGUCUCGGACGAAGACUGCGCAGCCCUGCAUUUGUUGCGGAGACAGCUCUCAUGACCAGCCAAACUGUCCACACAAGAAAACGACGUGCUUCACGUGUAACAAGCAGGGAGAUUUGGCGAGCCGGUGCUUUCGCACUCAGUCGACACCGGCGGUCAACCGAAAGAAGCAGCAGGCCAACCUGCUCACGGAAGAAGCACAGCUAGGACAGGCAGAGGAGGCUUUCCACUUGUUCACAGUGCACACUCCAAAAGCUACGGUUGAUUCAGUCAACGAAGUGCUCCAGUGGGGAACAGUAGAAGUGACCAUGCAGGUUGACACUGGCUCCCCCGUGUGCAUGAUUUCUAGGGACACAUACUCCAAGAAUGAUAAGGUCUGGCCACCCCUACAGGAAACUAUCAAGGAGCUCCACUGCUACCUGGGGAAACUACCAGUGCUGGGAGUCCUGGCGAUGCCAGUAAGGUAUGGAAACAAACAAGUGCAAGGACAACUGUACAUUGUGGAUUGUACGGGUCUAUCCUUGUGUGGUCGAGACGUCAUCUAA